GCAUUGAUAGCUAAAAUGACAGGUAGUUAUUCCCGUUAAAAGUUACAAUAUAAAAUGACAGAAUCUUGGUAUAUUCUACACUUCAAUCAUAACAAGGAAUUGCAGAGUGAUAUGAACCCUAGAUUCCGUUUCAUCUAGGGGACGAAAUCGGAGAAAUUGAAGUUCUGAAUUCAUGGCGUCCCGUCGUCGUAUGCUUCUCAAAGUCAUAAUCCUUGGCGACAGCGGGGUUGGAAAGACAUCUCUCAUGAAUCAAUACGUGAACCGAAAGUUCAGUAAUCAGUACAAAGCUACAAUCGGAGCUGAUUUCUUAACUAAAGAGAUACAAUUUGAAGAUAGGCUUUUCACUUUACAGAUAUGGGACACAGCUGGUCAGGAAAGAUUCCAAAGCCUAGGUGUGGCAUUUUAUCGUGGUGCAGAUUGUUGUGUUCUUGUGCAUGAUGUGAAUGUGAUGAAGUCAUUUGAGAGUCUUAAUAAUUGGAGGGAAGAGUUUCUUAUUCAAGCUAGUCCUUCUGAUCCAGAAAACUUUCCAUUUGUUGUUUUGGGAAACAAGAUCGAUGUUGAUGGGGGCAAUAGCAGAGUGGUGUCUGAGAAGAAAGCAAAAGCAUGGUGUGCUUCAAAAGGAAAUAUUCCUUACUUUGAAACAUCUGCUAAAGAAGGGUUUAAUGUUGAAGCUGCUUUCGAAUGCAUAGCCAAAAAUGCUCUCAAAAAUGAACCCGAAGAGGAAAUGUAUAUUCCGGAUACAAUUGAUGUGGCAAGGGAAAGACAACAAAAAUCCUCGGGAUGUGAAUGUUAAAUGGAUCAUUUCAAGGUAUUCUGAUGCAAGUUUUAUGUAUAUUUUGAAGAGAUGACGUCAGCUAUACCAAGUUCUUCUUUAUCUUCGUCCAUAUAUUCCUAUUAUUUCAUAGUUGAUACACUAAAUUGUUGAUUAAUUUGGUUUAUAUGUAAUUUGUUACCAAGUACUACAAGUUAUUCUCAUAAUCUCUUUCUAAGCUCCA